AAGACCGCGCACCGCGCAACUCCGACGGCCGCCAUUUAUUUCUUUCUAGUGCUCGCCACCGUCUUGUGACAGCGUAUUUCAUUAUCAAUAGCGCAGAGCUUAUUCGUUUUACUUGUGAAAUUUAUGUAUUAAAUUUUAUGCAAAUGUUAUAAAACUAGUGUGUAUACGGUUUGUGGUACUCUACGAUGGAAUCUAAUGUGUCUUAUUUGUGAAGUGAAGCAUUUACCAGCGAAAUAUGGCUGGCUCGUUCGCAUCUGUUGUCAACACAAAAUAACGUGGAUUAUGCAAGUUGGAGAAAAAUGUGAACGAUCGUUAGGUAAAUGGGAUUUUGUGUAUAAGUUACAAGCGUUAUUGUGAAUCUGUGCUUGUGAAAGAAAGGUCGGCAAAGCCGAUACAAAGUGGGAAUGUUCUAGGAGCUGGCUGCGCUUUGAUGUAAGUGAAUAAGACUAUGAGGGUUAUAAUAUAAUGCAGUGGGUGCACAUAAUAUUGGCGCUGGCAAUAAGUCGCGCGGCGGCGGCGGGCUCGGGCUGCCCGGGCGGCUGCGCCUGCUCGCAGCUGCGGCUGGCGUGCGCGGCGGCGGCGCCGGCCGGCCUCAACCUGACGCGCGCCGUGCUCGCGCCGCACGGCUCCCAGCUGCUCGAGCUCGCCUGGACCGACUCGCGCAUCCGCCACGUCCGCACCGGCGCCUUCGACGGCCUCCACGACUUGGAGUACGUCGACUUGAGCAGAAACGAAAUCAAAAGGACCGAAACUGGACUCUUCGCUGGACUGACCCGGUUGAAACACUUGAAUCUCUCGAGGAACCAACUCGAUGACAUACCCAGAUUGACCUUCACCGGCCUGGAGAACUUGGAAGUCCUCGAUGUGUCCUACAACAACCUCCACUUGAUACCAUUCCAGGUCUUCGGACCGUUGACCAAAUUGCAAUAUUUGGAUAUCUCACACAACAGAUUAGCUACAUUCUUAGAUUACUAUUUUAACCCUAAUAGACAACUGAAAACACUGUUCCUAAAUCAUAAUAGCCUAGUCAAAAUUACAUCUAACGCUCUAGUCAACUUGAAAGAAUUGGAGACGCUGGAUAUCUCUAGUAAUAAAUUAGAAUACAUGCCGAAGUUGAUGUUUGAUAAAUUUGAACAGUUGAAGAGGUUAAAUCUGAGUUAUAAUCUGUUCCAAAACAUAUCAAGUGAUGCUUUUAAGAAUCUUAAAAAUUUAAGGUGGUUAAAUAUUGGAGGAAAUAGAUUAAGGAUGCUGCCGCCGACGCUCUUCCAUAAUAAUGAAAAUCUGAAAAUAGUCUACCUCGAUCACACAGAAAUACAAGUUAUACAAAACACUAAUUUCAAGGGUUUAGAAAAUCUUGAGUAUCUUUACAUAAGGAACAAUGCUUUUUUACGUGAAAUAGAACCUUUCGUAUUCCAAGACACUCCAUCGAUAACACAUUUGGAUAUAAGCGCAAAUGUCUUAACAUUUUUACCGCAAUCUCUGAAACUACUCGAAAACCUGAGAGAGCUCAGGAUAGGAAACAAUCCGUGGGCAUGUGACUGCCGAAUGGCUUGGUUCGGGAGCUGGGUGGACCAGCGGCCGCACAUCAUCAAGUCGGACUUGAGUUGCGGGCCGCUCUCGUACCCGAAUGAUAUGCUGCCCAUUUUGGCGAAUACCAACUGCAAGCCGCCCACGCUGACCUCCAGCACGCCGCUGUCGCUGUAUAGACUGCAGUCGGACGCGCUGCUGCAGUGCCGGUUCAGCGGCAACCCCGCGCCGUCGCUGACCUGGAUCACACCCACCAGCGCGGUGUACCACUGGAACCCGGACCCGCUGAUCCCGGACAUCUUCCACAAGCACGGGGUCGCCCACGACCAGUACUACCGCCCCAUAGACAACACCGAGUCCAGAGUGAGAAUCCUCGACGACGGAUCGCUAUUCAUAAGAAAUAUACAUAGAGAAGACUGUGGAACAUACUUAUGCUUUGCAACGAAUCCUUCGGCGAACGUGUCCGCCGAAGUCGUCCUGAACAUAGACCCGAUGACGAUGUUUGAAAUAAAAAUAUAUAGUUUGAUAUGCGGGGCUAUAUGCGCCGCUGCCUUCCUGGGUCUGACGUUGUUGGUGCAGUUCAUACGUUAUGUAUUUUAUAGGUUUCGGCUAUUGGAGACGUGCUGCAGUUGUUGUGCGUGCGUCACCCACGACGCGCCGAGGUCCCGGCAGAUAUACAGCAUGUUGGACAACAUUGAGCAAUAUAAGAAACAGCAGUUGGAAAAGCUGCGGGAAAACUAUGCCGUUCAAGUGCAUAGAAUAAAAGAGAACUGCACUCAGCAAAUGGAGUGGAUCCAGAGCAGCUACUCCACGCAGGCCAGCCACCUGCGCAACAUCCGCGACAUCGGCACCAACCACCUCACCGCCAUGAAGGACCAGUACUACGACCAGGUCAAACGCGUCCGCGAGUACUCCACGAGCCAGCUCAACUGGGUGCGCGAGAACUACGUGUUCCAGCGGAACAAGAUCCGCAAGUUCAGCGCGCACCAGGUGCUGCGCAUCCGCGAGUCGUGCAAGUACCAGCAGCAGACGCUGAACAAGGUGCUCGAGAACCUGCCCAGCCUGUACUUCGACAACUGCCGCUCCGGCUCGUGCGGCCGCAGCGACUCGGCCGCCUUCGACCCGGACGUCGAGGUGAUCGACAUGUACCUCAAGGCCAAGAUCGAGCAGCUGGCCGGGCUGCCCUGCCUGGACGACGAGAGCAGGGUGUCGGUGUACUACACGCCGACGGAGCGCUCGCUGGCGUCGCGGCGCGGCUCGCCGGUGCCGGAGGGCGUGCACAUCAACAUGAUCGAGCGCGGGCCGCCGCGGCUGCUGGCCAUGGUGCGGCCGCUGCGCGCGUCGCCGGACUCGCCGCCGCCGGGCCCGUCGCGGGAGGGGGAGGUCAAGCCGGCCAGCGAGCCGCUGCUGGGCCGCGGCGCGCGCGUGCUGGCGGCCAGCGCGAGCAGCCCCGAGCUGCGCGAGGCGGCGCGGGCGGCGCUGCACGAGCGCGCGCGGGUGCUGCUGGCGGUGGAGCUGCCGCCGCCCGCGGGCUCGUAGCGGCGCGCGCGCGUGUUCCGCGUGCAGGCGCUGCACGGGCGCUGGCCGCCGCCCUUCGUGUAGCGACCGAGAGCUGUGAUAGACUUGUUUACGUUUAGCUCGUCCGCGACGCGACGUCUAGCGGUAGCUUGUAAGUACACCGAUCGCGCAGUGAGUUAUCCCGUUAAGUGUUCCGUGGGCGAUAGGCCGUGUGAAUGCGUCUGUUCGUUUCUAUCGUUUUCCAUUUUGAUGUAUGCUUAGGGUAAACUUAGAGCGUUACGCGUUUUGUAUUGUUUAACUCGAGCCGUAGGUGAAGUGAGGUAUAGUGAAGUUGUUGCUGUCUCGCGGCGGGGCUCCGGUCCCGCGCCGCGUAAAUUCCUUCGUCGUCCGAGACUUUCAUCGUCAAAUUUUAAUCGUAAUAUAGUAUUUAUAUAUACUUAUAUAUUUUGUAAUAACAACGUCGUACAGUCGAACGAAAAUGAGUCUUGCAGUGAUAUGCCAAAUAAUACAAUCCAGCAAUGAUUAUAUAAAGUUUCUUAAUAUAAAAUAUACAAAUAUUGUUGAAGAUUU